UUGGUAGUUCUGAAGUGUCAUACUGUGGUGUCAUAACCUCAAUUAAGAUUUAAGAAGUGAGGUUAUGCAGUUGUAGAGUUUCGGUUUAAGGGGGAUUAUUAAGACUAGCAAAUAAAAAUGAGGGGGACCGCCGCGUUAUUUAAGAGAGGCAACCCCCGAGAGCCUGUUCCGUUUCAAGAAAUCCUCCCAUUGAAGCUGAAGCAGAGGGUAUCGGGGAAAGGUGAUAACACUUCGGAUGUGUGUUGUAUAUACGAGAUGUCGGUUCUUUUCGCGUGUUUCAAGACACAUGACUUUCACCAAGCCCCUUGUAGUAAGGAGAUCGACGCCUUUCAAAAGUGUUACUUGAAUCACCUGGAAAAAACCAAGUUGAAGAAGGAGCGAGAAGCUAGAGGGAUUUUGAGUCCUGGCGAGAAGAAAUUAUCUUCUAGACAAAUAAAUAUCCUCUUGGAUAAGUUCCCGAAUUUUAAAUAGGCAGUGAUGUAGACAAUGGUUUAUUUAAAUAUUGUAACACAAUUUAGUACAACAUACUUAGUAGAAAAUGUAUACCAAAAAAAUAAACAACCAUUCUCUAUGAA